ACCGUCUGCCUACACGUCACCAACACGAUGCAAGAACGGUACAUGACGGAACCUACCAUGGUCCGUCAAACUGCUCUUUAAGAUCGAGCUCCGCUCCUAAUGAGCUGCAUCAAGAGGCUGGAAGACAUUAGUGUCAAUUUUAGGUUGAACAUGACUCGCAUUCAACAAGCACAAUUUCGGUGGAAGAUGAAGAAGGGCUGAGAAACGCUGCCGCACUAAGAAUUUCCAACUUGCCGGAGGACAGACAGUUGUCGUCUUAGAAGGGUUACGUAGGGAUUGCGGAGGUUCAGUGUCUGCUCAAGUGGUCGAUCGUUCUCUCUUAUAGAGCAAAUUUUGCAGAGUCAAGGCCGUUCCCAAGGCUCCCCCCUUCCCUCCUUCAUUCCCAGCUGACUUUUCUUCCAAAGUUUUGCCGUCCCACGUUUGUGGCGAGAUCGGGAAGACACGUUUGAUGUUCCUGGUUAGAAAGAAUAAUUGUUUCGGAUGAGAGAUGCUUUGCGGCAAGAAAAAAUUGCGAUUGAGACAACAGAAGGAGAUAAUAAUUCGAAAUCUGCUGGAAGAGUUUGUUACGCAUUCAUCUUGAGAUCGCAGCAGAGAGUUCACGCCCAUACCCCGUUUGCAGAGAAAGUAAGUAAAGAGAGCUCCUUGUCGGUGGAUUUGGUACACUCCGUCUGUCGAAAUCGGAUGUAUAUAUGAUAAUUUCACUUCAUAAGAGCCAGGGCAUCCUAAAGAGCGACUAUGGCUGUCAACACAAUCGCGAUAACGCAAAAUGCGUUCCCGCGAAGUUUUCAGGGAGCUUCAAACCAAUGAGAGGCGUGAGAAUUACAAGCUCAGAUAUCAGGAAAAAGGUCGUUGACCUUCCAAGGUCUGCCGUGACAUACGAUCAAUAUAUAUAUCCAAAAAUGUAAUGCUGGAGGAGGUAUAAACGAGAUGGCGCGUCAGAGGCGGGAUGAUAUUUGGCAUCUUCGACUUCUAAUCAUUGGAGGAUGACCUCAUUCCAAGCACAAGCCUUGUGGCGAGGACCGGUUUUCGUCGUGAAGGCUUUAUAAUAGACUCAAGAGAGAGAACAUUCUCGUACGCGACAACCACUAAUCGAAAAAGAUGUGACGAAACAUAUUAUUGUACAACUUCGCUCGUGCAUAUAACCCGCAAGAUUGUUGACGGACUGAUUGUCCGGUCCAUCAACGGCAAACAAUGGAAACUAAAACAGAGGAUGAGGAGAAGAAGCCACCAAGCGAUCCUUUUGGCAUCAUACCUUCUCAAUCUAUUCCCCAGGAGAGUCGGCGGCCCCCGAGACCUAGCGCGAGCAACUUACGGACAUUGCGAAGAGCGAGCCUUGAUAGCGCACAAGCGUUGGUAAAUCGAGGCCAAGCCGGGCGAUCCAACAGUGAUGCUGCUGCAGACGAAGCCCAUUACUUCGCCCACAAAUUGCAGGAGUGGUAUGACCGCAACCAGUCUGUAGACUUUGACAGCAACCCUGCAGCUAAACAAAAGUGGUUACAAACUAUUAAACCUACCGAUGAAAAGGGGAAGAGUCCCGCACUCGAGGCAAUAUCUGCUCAAGAGACGACCUCGCCUGCAGCUACCAGUAGCCCACCACACACAGAAGUAUCUGACAUGAAAGAAAAGGUGUCCGCAUUAAGUAAGGAGGAGCUAGUAGACCUUGUCCUGCUGUAUUAUCAUGAGUUGGUAGGCCUUGGCCGUACUCAAGAUGCGACCAGAGUACUUCAAUCGGCUAUCGAGCACGUAAGCAUACAGCGGCCAGUGGUGGAGGGACAAAAAACGGGAGAAACUGGAAUCGACAAGCUACUGAACGAUGGACUGCUGAAGUUUCUCCUAAAGCUCAACAAGUAUCUACCGCCGCUACCUGCUCAGGUUAUCAAAUUCAAAGAUGUCUCGUAUUUUACAAAUGUCAAUGAAGCAAAAGAAGGAUAUGAGACAGUGGGAUCCAUGUCCCUCAAGUUGUUCUUACCUUGCAUAGGCAACAGAGCACCACCAUCGAAGUUUUCCAUUCUCCAGGACUGCACUGGAUACCUGAUGCCCGGAACAUUGACAUUAGUAUGCGGCCCACCAGGGUGCGGAAAGAGCAGUUUGCAUAAAGCAAUAGCUGGCAGACUUCAAGUAGAUAAACGAACUUUCCUUAAUGGAAGAGUCACGUACAAUGGGAAAGGUCUUGAAGAGAUCCAACCGCGACGUGUGGCCGCUUAUAUAGCCCAAACUGACAGACAUCUUCCAACUCUCUCAGUUCGAGAGACAGUCGAUUUCGCCUACAAAUGCACAAGUUUAUUUCCCCAAGAAUCUGCUAAAAACAGUGAAGCUGUGAAGAUAGUGAAAGAGCUUGGAGGUGCAGAUCUACCCUUGGAGCUAAUCUUACAUCUACUUGGACUGCGAGCUGUUGCGGAUUCUGCUGUGGGUAGCGCGACUGUCCGCGGAGUUAGUGGUGGCGAACGGCACCGCGUAACCACGGCAGAGAUGGUUGUAGGAACGUUUGCCGUCUUACUACUGGAUGAAAUUAGCACUGGACUGGACAGUUCAGCAACCUUUGACAUUGUUUCUGCCCUUCGAACAAUGGCGCGAGUACGGCAGAUUACCUGCCUUCUAUCCCUUCUUCAACCCUCACCAGAAGUAUUUGACAUGUUUGACAGGGUCAUCGUUCUGAAUGAAGGAUGCAUCAUUUACCAAGGACCGAAAGAAGACGUUAUUCCCUACUUUGCUGAACUUGGAUAUGCGAAACCGAAGCACGUGGAUGUAGCAGAUUUUCUGCAGGAGAUAACCACAAGCGAUGGUGUUCAUUUUGUUCAACCCGGUUUUCUUCCACUGACCCAUGAAGAGUUCCAUGCAGCUUAUUUGAGGUCAGAGAUGCACGCGGACGUAGAGCGCAUAGUCAACAAUCCCAAGACAAUUCAAGAGUUGUGGGUACAAUCAGAGAAACCGUUGGGUUUGAAACUUCACGAUCAAUUUGGUGCGAGGCCAGGUGAGAAAAACGCAGUAGAGGUUUUCGAGGUAGAACCGACUGGUACCGUGGCAACUGCUGACAUUCAGCAAACCUCUCGAGUAAAGGCAGGAGAUGUCAUAACGGGUGUUGUCGGUCCCAACGGUAAACUUGAAUAUGUAUCAGGCUCGGCAGAAGAGUUUGUCGCUGAAGAUGUAGUUCAGAAAGUGAUGGACACGCAGGGAACUGUUCGUUUGCAGCUCGAGCGAGUUCUAGAGGAGCAAAACAACGCUAGAACACUUUUCCAAAGUGAAUAUGUUCAAGACUGGAAAACAUCCGCCAAAACUGUUUUCAAGAGGCAGAGCAAGUUAGCGAUUCGAAAUACGAUUUUCGUGAUUGCUCGCAACGUUCAGGUGCUCAUUAUUGCGAUCUUUACUGGGACGCUUUUCUUUAAGGUCUCAAGCUCUCAUCAACAAACUGCUAUGGAUCUUAAGAAGUCGCUUGCAUUUUUAGCAUGCAUGGCGCUCUCCCUGAAUACUGUAUCCCAAAUUCCCGCACAGCUAGAUGAACGACAGGUGUUUGAGAAGCAAUACGCUGCAAGGUUUUUUCGCCCACAGUCUUAUGUUCUUGCCGGAUCUCUGAGUGGUAUUCCAUACACCAUCUUAGAGACCAUCAUCUACUGUCCAUUACUUUAUUGGCUGACAGGACUAAGUGGAGCGCAACAGGGGAGGCAUUUCAUUCUAUACGUUCUAAUUGUGUUUGUUUCAGCUCUUGCUGGAGCGGCAUUAGUGCGCUUGAUUGUCUCUGUGAGUGGGACGCGUGAAGGUGCAACUGGUCUAGCAGGUCUCAGCAUUGUCUUGUUCCUGCUGUUUGCGGGGUUCUUGAUCACCGUGAACAAAGUUCCUGAUUGGUGGAUCUGGAUGUACUACUUAAGUCCACUCCAAUGGGGAGUUACGGCAUUGAUAUGCAAUGAGUUUCUCUCAGGAAAGUACGAUAUGCCUUGCAGUGCAGAACUGGAUUACUGCUUGCCAAGGAUGCAUUUAAAAGUUGGGCAGGCAUACUUGGACCUUUAUGGAUUUCCUACAGCUUUCUUGCGCGGUGUUUGGAUUCCUGUGAUUAUUCUUGCCGGUUACUAUGUCUUCUUCACCUGUCUGACAUUCGUCACCGUCUCAAUGUUGCGCUUCGAAGAGGUUAAGCUCCCGUCUGCUGCUAGACUGCGUGCUGCCAAGAUGAAGGCCUUGAGAUUAGCUGCAUUGCAAAAGGACCCUCAGGCACCGCCUAGUGAUCCCCAGAUGCAUCUUAAGAGUGGAGCUGCAAAAGAGGCUAUUACUAUGGACUCUGCCGUUAAAUUUGUGCCGAUGAUACUGUCAUUUCACAAGAUAACGUAUGAGGUAAACGUGCCGGGAGCACGAGAUCCCAGACUUCUACUUGCCGGUGUUUCUGGUUAUGCCAGGCCGGGCACGUUGACAGCAUUGAUGGGCAGCAGUGGUGCAGGAAAGACAACACUUCUUGAUGUUCUAGCUGGUCGCAAGACCAUGGGACGGAUCACGGGUGAAAUACUACUGAAUGGUUACCCCAAAGUACCAGAUACCUUUGCCCGCAUAGCAGGGUAUGUUGAACAGAAUGAUAUACACACACCGUUUAUAUCCGUGAGGGAGUCCCUGGUAUUCAGCGCCUCUCUGAGAUUGCCCUCCACUGCUAACCGACUUCAAUUCGUGAAAGAGGUGAUGGACGUUCUUGAGCUUGGAGAAAUAUCUGAUAAGCUUGUAGGUGUUAUUGGAGACAGUGGACUUUCAGUGGAGGAAGCCAAACGCCUCACUAUAGGGGUAGAGCUUGUUUCGAAUCCAAGUAUUUUAUUUCUCGAUGAGCCCACAAGUGGUCUAGACAGUAGAGCAGCGCAAAUCGUGAUGCGCAGCAUUACAAGCAUUGUAAAGACAGGGCGAACAGUAAUCUGCACCAUUCAUCAACCGAGCCGCCGUUUGUUUCUGGCCUUCGACCAUCUUCUCCUUUUGAAGCGUGGGGGACGUACUGUAUACUUCGGGCCCAUAGGAAAAGAUGCAGAAGACCUUUUGGCCUAUUUCCAGUCUCUCCCAGGAGUGCACGAAUGCGGAGAAAACCAGAACCCAGCAUCGUAUAUGCUAGAAAUCAUUGGAGCAGGCAUUGGACACUCUGCCAAUCGAGACUUUGCCAUAGAUUACUCUAUGUCCUCUCUCAACCAGGUCAAUGUGGAGCUGCUGGAAACCUACAGAUUCGGUAAAGGCAAUCUGGGGCCCGAGCCCAGCGUCAAGGGCUACGCCGCGACAUUUUGGCUCAUGUUUGUAACUGUAACUACACGCCAGUUCAAGACCUACUGGCGUAACAUCGCGUACAGUUUUGGAAGAAUGAUGUUGUCUGUUAUCCUCGCACUACUGCUAGGAAGUGCGUUUUGGCAGAUCAAGUACGACACAACUCCUGGGAUGAUCUCCAGGCUGGGUCUUAUCUAUUUAUCCAUAGUGUUCGUUGCCAUCACAAAUGCUAACAACGUCAUUCCCCAGGUAAAUGCGGAGCGGCCCGUGUAUUACAGAGAACGGGCAUCUAAUAUGUACUCUCUACUGUUAUAUAACUUCUCUUGGACUCUGGCUGAGAUACCAUAUCUGUGUAUAUCAACUCUCAUAUUCUGUGCUAUUUGCUUCUCGAUGGCCGGAGUAGCGACCACAUCAGCAAAAGUUUUUUUCGAAUACUGGUUCAUCUUCUUUGAGUAUGCCGCGAGCAUUACAUUUUUCGGCAUAUUUGUGGCUAUGCUCACACCAAAUGCCGAGACUGCGACUAUUAUUAUUCCCAUCAUCAUCAAUUUCUGGAACAUGACUUCCGGCUUCAUGAUCCCGAAAAGCGAAAUUCCCAAUUUUUGGAUAUGGCUGUACUGGAUAAAUCCCACCAUGUACGCACUCAACUCCUUGAACUCCAUCGCUUUCUACUGCGAUACAUCCAGCCCUCCGUGCAAUUCCUGCACGACUGAUCCGACCAGCUGCCCAAAUUGUGACUGUGUGCGUGUAACCGACCAACACAAUCUUCUGGCGUGGACACUACUAUCUGUUGGUAGGUCCUUAAAUUACUCUUAUCGCACGAGGGAUAAAUGGGUUCUCUUCGCCUUCGUUAUAGGAUUUUGUAUCUUGGGCGUGUUCGCUUUGAAAUUUAUGCGCUUUGAUAGAAGGUGAUCAGGAUCAAGACCUUGGCGCCAUUCAAAUAAAAGCUGCAACUUCUACGCAGACCUCUGAUAUAAUCAUAAGUCCAUACUCCGCAAUGCAGUACUUCCAGGUUCAAAAAGAAUUCUAUAUAUAUAAGAGUACACUCCCACACAAAUGGGAUGAUGAACCUUUGUUCAAAGCCACCUACCUAUACCUCAACUUUCGCGGACAGUCAAGCU